AUGGCGGUGCUCAAACUCAGCGACCAGCCGCCGCUGGUCCAGGCCAUCUUCAGCGGCGACCCGGAGGAGAUCCGGAUGCUCAUCCACAAGACGGAGGACGUGAACGCUCUGGACUCGGAGAAGCGCACUCCGCUGCACGUGGCCGCGUUCCUGGGCGAUGCCGAGAUCAUCGAGCUGCUGAUUCUCUCAGGGGCGCGUGUGAAUGCCAAGGACAACAUGUGGCUGACCCCGCUGCACCGGGCCGUGGCCUCCAGGAGUGAGGAGGCGGUGCAAGUCUUGAUUAAGCACUCGGCUGACGUCAACGCGAGGGACAAGAACUGGCAGACCCCGCUGCACGUGGCGGCCGCCAACAAGGCCGUGAGGUGUGCGGAGGUGAUCAUCCCCCUGCUGAGCAGCGUCAAUGUUUCCGACCGCGGCGGCCGCACGGCCCUGCACCAUGCUGCCCUCAACGGCCACGUGGAGAUGGUCAACCUCCUCCUGGCCAAAGGUGCGAACAUCAACGCCUUUGACAAGAAGGACCGGCGGGCCUUGCACUGGGCAGCGUACAUGGGCCACCAGGACGUGGUGGAGCUGCUCAUGGACCACGGCGCGGAAGCGACCUGCAAGGACAAGAAGGGCUACACCCCCUUGCAUGCUGCGGCCUCCAAUGGACAGAUCAACGUUGUCAAACAUCUCCUCAACCUGGGGGUAGAGAUCGAUGAAAUCAACGUCUAUGGGAACACGGCGCUCCACCUGGCCUGCUAUAACGGGCAGGACGCCGUAGUCAACGAGCUGACCGACUACGGUGCUAACGUGAACCAGCCCAACAACAGUGGCUUCACCCCGCUGCAUUUUGCUGCUGCCUCCACACACGGUGCUUUGUGUCUUGAGCUGUUAGUCAACAAUGGGGCUGAUGUUAACAUCCAGAGUAAAGAUGGCAAAAGCCCCCUGCACAUGACAGCGGUCCACGGCAGGUUCACGCGCUCACAGACCCUCAUCCAGAACGGAGGAGAAAUUGACUGUGUGGAUAAGGAUGGCAACACUCCUCUCCAUGUGGCUGCAAGAUACGGCCAUGAGCUUUUGAUUAACACCCUAAUCACCAGCGGAGCGGACACGGCCAAGUGUGGGAUCCAUAGCAUGUUCCCCUUACACUUAGCUGCCCUGAACGCGCACUCCGACUGCUGCCGGAAGCUGUUGUCAUCAGGCUUUGACAUAGACACCCCAGAUAAGUUUGGAAGAACGUGCCUUCACGCCGCUGCUGCAGGAGGUAAUGUGGAGUGUAUAAAACUCUUGCAGAGCAGUGGAGCGGAUUUCCACAAAAAGGACAAGUGUGGGAGGACUCCUCUGCACUACGCUGCUGCCAACUGCCACUUCCACUGCAUCGAGGCCUUGGUGACCACGGGGGCCAACGUGAAUGAGACCGACGACUGGGGCCGGACAGCUCUGCACUACGCGGCAGCUUCCGACAUGGACAGAAAUAAGACCACCUUAGGAAACGCCCACGAAAACUCAGAGGAACUCGAGAGAGCCCGAGACGUGAAGGAGAAGGAGGCUGCGCUAUGCCUUGAGUUUCUGCUUCAAAAUGACGCCAACCCAGCUCUCCGGGACAAGGAAGGCUACAAUAGCAUCCACUACGCGGCUGCCUAUGGCCACAGGCAGUGCCUAGAAUUGCUUUUGGAAAGAACCAACGGCGGUUUUGAAGAGUCAGAUCCGGGUGGUACCAAGAGUCCGCUCCACUUGGCUGCCUACAACGGGCACCACCAGGCCCUGGAGGUGCUCCUGCAGUCCCUGGUGGACCUGGACAUCCGGGACGAGAAGGGCCGCACAGCGCUGGACCUGGCUGCCUUCAGGGGCCACACGGAAUGUGUGGAAGCGCUCAUCAACCAGGGCGCGUCCAUCUUCGUGAAAGACGACGUCACCAAAAGGACCCCACUGCACGCCUCAGUGAUUAAUGGCCACACCCUGUGUCUGCGGCUGUUACUAGAAAUCGCAGACAACCCGGAAGUGGUUAACGUGAAAGAUGCCAAAGGACAAACCCCACUGAUGCUGGCAGUGGCAUAUGGACACAUUGAUGCUGUUUCGUUGUUACUUGAAAAGGAAGCGAAUGUAGAUGCUGUUGACAUCAUGGGGUGCACAGCUCUGCACAGAGGGAUCAUGUCGGGCCACGAGGAAUGUGUGCAAAUGCUGCUGGAGGAAGAGGUCUCCAUCCUCUGCAAAGACGCCAGAGGGAGGACCCCCUUGCACUACGCGGCGGCCCGCGGCCAUGCCACGUGGCUGAGCGAGCUGCUGCAGAUGGCCCUGUCGGAGGAAGACUGCUCUUUCAAGGACAACCAGGGCUACACGCCGCUGCACUGGGCCUGUUACAAUGGUAAUGAAAACUGCAUAGAGGUACUUCUGGAGCAGAAAUGUUUUCGCGAAUUUAUCGGCAAUCCCUUCACUCCUCUGCACUGUGCGAUAAUCAAUGCCCAUGAGAACUGUGCGUCGCUGCUCCUGGGGGCCAUAGAUUCCAGUAUUGUCAACUGCAGAGACGACAAAGGCAGGACGCCGCUGCACGCCGCAGCCUUCGCCGACCACGUGGAGUGCCUGCAGCUCCUGCUGAGACACAGCGCCCAGGUGAACGCGGCCGACGACGUGGGCCGCACAGCGCUGAUGAUGGCCGCGGAGAACGGGCAGGCGGGCGCCGUGGACUUUCUGGUGAACAGCGCCCAGGCUGACCUGUCUGUGAAGGACAAGGACUUGAACACACCGUUGCACUUGGCGUGCAGUAAAGGUCAUGAAAAAUGUGCCUUGUUAAUACUUGACAAGAUACAAGACGAGAGCCUCAUUAAUGCCAAAAACAAUGCACUGCAGACGCCCCUGCACGUGGCUGCGCGCAAUGGCCUGAAGGCCGUGGUGGAGGAGCUGCUGGCCAAAGGGGCCUGUGUCCUCGCUGUCGAUGAGAACGCCUCUAGGUCCAACGGACCCCGCCCCGCCCCGGGAAUAGCCGCACAGAAAGAAGAAUGA